AGGCCAUUCAUUUUGCAAACCAUAAAUACAAUAAAAAAAGAAUUAAAAAUAUUUUACAAGUAUGGAUUUUUCGGAUUUCAUUGUUCGUAGGUGUCCUUCCACGGCUAUGUAUAUACCAAACUUUAUUACAUCAGAGGAGGAACAGCGUAUUUUGGCACAAAUUGAAAAAGCCCCAAAACCAAAAUGGACUCAGUUAAUGAAUCGGCGUCUCAUUAACUAUGGUGGGGUGCCACACCCAAAUGGAAUGAUAGCGGAGGAAAUUCCCGAGUGGCUCCAGACUUACGUUGACAAAAUUAAUAAUUUAGGCAUUUUUGAAGCGCAAAAGGCAAAUCACGUAUUGGUAAAUGAGUACAAACCUGGUCAGGGGAUAAUGCCUCAUACAGACGGGCCAUUAUUCUUUCCUUUGAUCAUGACCAUAUCUUGUGGCUCACAUACCGUUCUGGAGUUUAGCAAACGUGAAAAUCUCGAUUCUACUUCUAUCGGUGAAAACCACAAUGGUAGUGCUGUACCAAGGGAUAGCAGCAGAAAUCGAGCUAUUCUCUUUAAAUUCAUACUAGAACCACGCAGUCUGCUAAUACUGAAGGAUGAGCUCUACAUAGACUAUUUGCAUUCAAUAGACGAGGUAGAGGCAGACGUGCUUUGUGAUCGUAUUUGUAAUUUCGAAAACUGCGAAAGUUCCUACAAAAUGGGCGAUGUAUUGAAGAGGGGAACACGCAUAUCUUUGACUAUCCGCAAUGUUCCAAAGGCUACAAAAAUGAAACUAAAGUUUUGCUGAAUUAUUUCCUCAAUGACCACAUUGCGUCCCUACUGUUGUUUAUCACUAGAGAUUAAGUGUACGAACUUAUCUGUGUUACCAAAGUCUUUGCUCCAUUUGCUCCACAGUCAACGCUCAACAACGGUCUAUCCAACACUCAUAUGUGUAUUCUAUGUAAAAAAUGCAUCUCACAUUAAACUUUGUUAACAUAUACAUGUAUAUACACAUACAUAAAUAGUUUGUUUUGCAAUGCAUUAUAGAGCACCUGCCAUUGCCAGUGUCCUUGUUUUAUGGAAUUUUUUCCUGCAUAGUUUGUAAGUAAUUAAACAAAUGUGUUUUGUACAAUCCAAUUUGUGGCCACCAUUCCUAUAUGUCGAGGUUCACACCCACUUAAAAGUUGUUAACAUUUUGUUUAUACUCUUGGAAGGUUAUAUAAUAUGUAUAUGAAUCUGUGUCCAUAGACCAUUCUGCAUAUAUUUUUUCUAAUGUUUUACCUUAAAUAUUGUAUAACUAAAAUUUAAUGUAUCUAUUAAAAUAUGCUGCUUGUGAAAUUUAUAAUUUUAAAAUAAAGAGAAAACGUUAUUAAGCACACA